GUCGUCUUACAAGCUCCACUGGCUGCACCUUGUGGAGCCCCAAUGACUUCACGAAAAGAGCCUCACGAGUCAGUCCCCUCUGUCCCUUGGCUGGAAGGUACGAAGUAGCAAGUGCUCAGGUCUUGGCAAUGCUAUUAGUGGGUCCGUUCGUCUGCAGGGGCUCUCGCACUCUCUUUCCACCUGCUAUUCGGCAACUGUGGGGCUGAAUAGGUGGACCUCACUUGCAGGCUGCCUGACUUGAUCGGUAGAGGUGGCCGAGCACAUGAUUAUGGACUUUACAUAGCAUAACUACAGUUCUGAAAGCUGUCGUACCCCAAGAAAAGUCCCACUGUGUUUGACAUUCACCAAACCAGUGAUAGUUGAGAACCAUUUGUGCCGUGGAACAAUCCCAGGAAUGACCUGAAUUUGUUGUUCACAGUCCUGGUUCAGUGGUGCACAAUUCCCGUUUCCAAUCGAGUGCCAGUCUUACCUAGCCCGGGUUAGAUAGAUCGAGUGAACACAAAUCAAAGAUGGGAUCGGAAGAGCCUAAAUGUGACGAAGAGGCCCCACCUGCGCCAACAUUGCCCGCCUCUUCCAAACACGCCCAUUCGUCUAGUAAUGGCUUGCCAGAAACGGUUCCAUGCUCGUCCAGUGAAAUGAAUCUCGUCACUGUACCCAACUCCACCGAGGAAACGUGUCCCAAUUAUCAUAACAACAAUAAUAAUAAUCAAUCCAAGUACCUAGUGAUAUUCUACACCGUGUCUGCCGGUCUCAAUGCUGCAGGCUUAGGCAAUGAUGAAGAAGACCUGGUGUCCAUCUACUACCACAUCAUAGACGUGGAACAGAAUAAAGUGGUUGACCAAUACUUUUACCCUGUGAGGCCACACAACGCAGAUCUGAACGAAAAUGUCUUGUCUGAAGAGUGUCGGAACGAUUACCAGAUCUCCGAGGAGUCGAUUCAGACGGCCUCGAACCUUUCUCAAGUCCUGGAGGAGUUCCACAAGGUGGCUCAAGAGUCUCUGGGCGGCUCUUUCACAUUGGUCACGGAUGGGCAGUUCCACAUUCGACAAGCUCUUUUCCCCGAGGCCUAUCGGAAGGAAAUUUCCUUGCAGGAGUAUUACCACCACUUCCAUGAUCUCCGAAAAGAGUUCAUCGCCAAAUACCCGGACAGCUCAGUGACCAACGUUGACGACAUGCUCAAAUAUUUAGGCCUGGAAUCAGAUUCCUCGCCCAGUUUGGCUCUGAAGGAUGUGAAUAACAUGGUGGCCAUAGUGCAAAAACUUAUCUGUGAUGAUGUCCAUUUCCAUGAACCAGAGAGGGUCCUCUUGAAAUUGGAACAAGGAAUCCGAUCUCGCACAGAUGCAGUGGACGGGGAAUGUUGCGUCCGUGCCCGAGGUUUACCUUGGCAAGCUUCUGACCAAGACAUUGCUCGAUUCUUUGUUGGUCUCAAUUUGGCCAGAGGUGGCGUGGCCCUUUGUCUGAGCUCCCAAGGGCGCCGCAAUGGCGAGGCCUUGGUAUUAUUCGAGAGUCCGGCUCAUCGCGAUAUGGCGCUCAAACGGCAUAAGCAUCACAUUGGCAACCGGUACAUCGAGGUCUACAAGGCUAGUGGCGAGGAUUUCAUCAAUGUGGCAGGCGGCAACAAUAAAGAGGCUCAAAGCUUUUUAUCCCGUGGAGGUCAAGUGAUUAUCCGCAUGCGAGGUCUCCCCUACGAUUGCACCGCCAAACAAGUGACCGAGUUCUUUGAAAGUGGAGAGAGUGGUUGUGAUGUUCUGGACAAGGAAGAUGGCGUUCUAUUCGUUCGGAAACCCGAUGGCCGAGCCACCGGCGACGCUUUCGUUCUGUUCACUGAAGAGAAAGAUGCAGAGAAGGCCUUGCAGAAGCACAAAGAAAUUAUUGGAUCAAGAUACAUUGAGCUUUUCAGAUCGACCACAGCCGAAGUUACUCAGAUUCUCAACCGCACCGUGGAGCAGAACUCGAAUCCCAGACAUGGACAUCAUAACAAUAACAACAACCAUGCAGCAGUUGCCGCAGCGGCAGCCGCCGCCGCCGCCCUGGCUGCUACCAAUGUUUCUUCUCACUUGCCACUUAUACCGUCCAUGAGUAAUCCGGCAGUCCUGCCGCAACAAAUGGUUACGGCCGGAACGCGAAAGGAUUGCAUCCGUCUCAGAGGUCUUCCCUAUGAGGCUGGGGUGGAAAACAUCUUGGAGUUCCUCGGAGAACACGGCAAAAACAUUGUCAAUCAAGGGAUCCACAUGGUGUACAACGCUCAGGGACAACCCUCUGGCGAGGCCUUCAUCGAGAUGACUACUGAACAUGCCGCCUUCCAAGCUGCCACCCAUAGACACCACCGCAAUAUGACGUUCGGCAAGAAGCAACGCUAUAUUGAAGUCUUCCAAUGCUCAGGCGAGGACAUGAAUUAUGUGCUCACGGGCAACAGCCUCCCAGGAGUUACGUCCUCCAGUCAGAUUACACCCUCAAAAAAUCCCUACAUCUCGACCACCGCGGGGAUGCUUCCACCUGGUAUGUUGUCAAUGUCUUCUGUGGCCGCUGGGGGCGCAGGGAGCGCCUCAGUGGUUCCAGUCUCUGUGGCUUCCAUGGCGGGUUUUGAGCAAUUGGGACAGGCAUCACCAGCCCAGGCAAAUUCAGUUGCCUCUAAUUCUCUUCUUUUGAACUCACCUAAUUUAGCUGGGAGUCUCGGGCAAGGCACCUCACAAUUUGCACAAUAUCAACCAAAUCAUAAUAGCUUGAGACAUCUAACCAUUCCCACAUCCACCCCCGGUGGGAUCCCCUCGAUUCCUGUGUCUUCUGCGCCAAGUAAUUUUCAUCUAGCUUACCAAAGCCAUUUGUCCCAAAUGGCCGGACAACAGGGUUUAGCUCAAGGCCUUCUGCCACAUCCCAACUUUGGAGGACUGAUGUUCCAUCCAAGUCUUCUCAGGUUCCCCAACAUGAUGCCUUCCCAGCAGGGUCUUUUGUCCACCCCUGUUGGCUCAUUUGGAGGCUAUCCCUCGGCCGGGGGUCUAUUACAAAAUCCCAUGCUCGCAGCCCAACAGCAGCAGCAGCAGCAGCAACGUCUAUUGCUGCAGCAACAGCAGCAAGCUGCGGCCAUCAUGGCAGCUCAACGUCAACCAGUUCCACCCCAAUUCAAUGCAGCACAAUAUGCCGCCUUUUUGCCGCAAGCAACUGGAAAUGUCGGACACGCCAUGUUAGGAGGGAAACGGGGCUUAGAACAGGCCUUUGCGCAAGGCUUAGGGGCUGCUGCUCUUGGGGGGCCAAAUGCCAAACGACCCUCGACUUACUCCCCCCAUGCCACAAUCUCCGCCAACCCAACAACUUAUAACCCCAAAGGGUCCAAUUAGACUCUUUCGCCUUUCUUUGCUUUUUUUCUUUAGAAAUCGUCUUGCCUUUUAGAAUCUCCAUUUAUCAUUAGACUUGGCCCUACAUUUCAGGAUGUGCCUUGUCCGAGUCCAAUCCAGAUUUGUUGUGUACAAUUUUUUUUUAUCAACUACUAACCACUUUUUCAUGGCCUAGCCUGGAAUUCAGGGACCAACUUCGAACCCAAUGGCAAACUCUCUCUCUCUCUCUCUCUCUCUCUCUCUCUUUCUCUGACUAUUUUCCUUUCCCUUGCAUACAAAUAUGUUUUCCAUGUGUUUCUUCAUGAGAUGGAACCGGGGUCCUUGGUUACUACUUUAAUCGUCUAAUUUUGACCUUUGGUGGCAAGGAUGACAAUUGGAGGUUCUUGGCUCCUCGACUGCCGCCACCAUUUGCGUACAGUACAAUCAGCUCAUGUACAGAGGUUCGAGGCUUCGGGCUUAAGUUCGGUUAUGUUUGAGGGUUGUUGCUUUUCAGGUUGUUCUUUUAAACAGUGACCAGGGAUCCUGGUAAAGUCUUCCCAAGCAAAAUGUACAUUUCUCCAAUCUGACCCCAAAUUCUGGCUCAAACCUCCACAAUUUAAGAACUGUGUUGUGAAACCUUUCUCCCUUUUCACAUUCCAAAGCAUCGUCCUCACAUGAACAAUCCUACUAACCCGAUGGUUGUAGCUUACCAUUUGUGUUGCUCUAUAAAUCGUUGAUUUAAAAUACAUAUAUACACACACCAGUA